AUGAAGGUAGCGGCGGUUGUUUUGGCUUGCCUCGUGGCGGCGGCUCGGGCUUCUCCUCAAGAGGGUUACAACUACCAGGCGCCCUCUGGCCAGGGCUCUCCGCUCCCGGGAUCCGGUUCAGGGCAGUUCCCCUCAGGGUCGGGGCAAUUCCCUUCCGGUUCAGGGCAGUUCCCAUCCGGAUAUUACGUGCAACUCCCUGACGGCCGGCGGCUCGUGGUCGAGUACUACGCCGACAGCACAGGCUACCAUCCCACCAUCAGCUACGAGGGCGAGGCGCAAUUUCCUUCUGGUCCUUCUCAAGGGGCGGGUCAGGGCUACCAAGGCGGUUCAGGACCUAACCAGGGCUUCCCACAGGGCGGUUCAGGACCUAACCAGGGCUUCCCACAGGGCGGUUCUGGACCUAACCAGGGCUUCCCACAGGGCGGUUCAGGGCCGGACCAGUCUUACCUUCCCCCUUCCAAAUAA